UCCUGUCCCUGCCCGGAGCUACGGCCGGAAGAUGGCGGCGGCCGCGGAGUUAACGCUGCUGGAAAAAUCUCUGGGGCUGAGCAAAGGGAAUAAAUAUAGUGCUCAGGGCGAGCGACAGAUUCCAGUUCUUCAAACAAACAAUGGUCCAAGUCUAACAGGCUUGACCACGAUAGCAGCUCAUCUAGUCAAGCAGGCCAACAAAGAACACUUGCUGGGGAGCACAGCAGAAGAAAAGGCAAUCGUCCAGCAGUGGUUAGAGUACAGGGUCACCCAAGUAGACGGACACUCCAGUAAAGAUGAUAUCCGCACUCUGUUGAAGGAUCUUAAUUCCUAUCUUGAAGAUAAAGUCUACCUUACAGGAUAUAACUUCACCUUAGCAGAUAUCCUAUUGUACUAUGGACUUCAUCGCUUUAUACCUUUUCAAGUAUUCAACUUGGUUGCAUCCUGGAAGUCAAGUCUGUCCUGAUAUACAUCUCCCCUGGCUCCUGAUUCCAGCACCGAUACCACUGUACUGUUCUUGAUUAUCUGUCUCUUCAGCCAGGCUUAAUUCCUUAAGGGACGGUCUUCUUUCUUGUAUAUCCAGCCCUCAAAACAGUGACUGGCACAACAUAGUAGGUGUUCAAUACCUGUUUGUUUGAAAGAAUGUACCAUUCUAAGCUGACCAAGGAAAGUGUAAGUGUAAAUUACAAUUAGGUACAGGUGUAUAUAGCAGACAGCCCAAACCACACGAAGGUGGGUGGUGGUUCUCUCAGGUAAAAGAAGUUGGGCAAUAGUCCACAUUUGGUAUGAGGCACCCAGCUUCUGUUUUUCUGUUUCUCCACACUCAAGCAGAGAUUUCCACCCUUAAGUUCAUUUUAUGGUCCAAUAUUGAUACCAGAGCUCCAGACAUCAAGCCUGAUGGACUUCCAAAGGAGGGAGGGGGACAGCAAAAGGCUGCUCUCCCAGCAGAGUUCACCCAAAGGGACCCUCCCGGAAGCCCUGUGCCUUAAUAUCUAUGUACAUAUCUUUGACCCCCGGCUGGGAGGAGGCCAGAAAUGUAGGUUUUUAGUGGGCACACAGCCACCUGAAAUAAAGCUAUGUCAGUGAGGAAGAAAGAAUAAAGGGAGACAGGUAGCUAGCUCUGUCACAGUAAGCAGUGCUUAAAGGGGAAAAUACCUUCCAAAUGCCACAUGGUCAACUGUAAAAGAACUGUUAGUAAAUUGUUGACAUUCCAUGGAUCAUUGAUUUGCAAAGAGUUAGAAUAUAGUAACUUUCCACUAUUUCACAUUUCAUGAUUCAGAAGGUAAUUUUGGGAUCCUGUGAUAUACAAUUGUCAUCAUGAGGGUCUGUUAAUGCACCUUUAAUCACAACAAUAUUUACUAUGUAUUGGGCACCAUUUUAAGUGCUUUAAAUGAAUUCACUCCUUUAUUGUCCCUUUUUGGAAAUAAGGAAACUGAAGCAGAGGGAGGUUAUGAAACUAGCUCAGGGUCACACAACCAGUAAUCAAGGUGCUGGGAUUCAAACAUAAGUAUGUGGCUCAAUGUUAACCUGGAAACCACGUGACAGGUGUGCCCGUAAAAUUCUACUUGGCCUGUGAAAUCAGUUGUUAUCAACCUCAGAAAAAAGCUGCCCUGGGCAUUAGAUAAAAUAAAUAUGUACCUAAUUAUAAGAACAAAUGAGAUGAUGGUACAACUCUGAAUACAGUAAAAACCUCUAACCUACACACUUUAAACGGUAAAUGUUGCCAUAUGUGAGUUAUAGCUCAAUAAAGCAAUUGAAAAGGAGUGGAGUUAAACACCAGUCUCACUGUAUAUUAAGUGUAAGACUUUGCAUGAGUCACUGCCUAUGAAAUUCCUCACAUGAAAUAGAGGUAAAGAUCAUUGAUAUCAUUUAAUUUGCAGUGAGAAUGUAUAAAAAUUGCCCAGUACUGUGCCUAGCACAUAAAAAAAAUGAUCAAUAAAUGGCUAUAAAAGAUCGUAAAAGUAUAACUUGCAAUUUUAUGAAGCCGAAUUCUUUUUCUAGCAGCUAGCUAUCCCUGAGGUGCCAACCUGUUCAAUACAUGAGUCCAUUUGAGGUAAGACAAAUGGUAACAGAGCAUCUUUAGAUUUUGGUAAAACAUGAAUUCAUAUUACCAGUUUCAAAGUCUCGGAUUCUCACAUCUUUCAAGCUGUUGGAAAUAAGGACUGUGCUAUUUUUCUUAUUUUAUUUCUAAAAGAGCAAUGAGACCCGUCCAAAAAAAAGAGUGCAGCCAUCUUCAUGCAUGCUAUUGCUUCUGAAAAGUGAAUGCUGCUGUCCAACCAUUUUCUCUCUGUGAUUCCCAGAAGUCUACAGCACUGACCAUUCAGUGAUUCCCCCAGGUAUUAUUUAGCACUGACUAUGCACCGGACACUCUGCUAGGCCAUACAGAUAACCCCGCUCCAACCCUCCCCUUGUACAGUGUGUGAUAGAGCAUUCUUUGGGAGGCUAUAGUCACCCUGCAUUCUUUGAAAGUAAAUAAAAAUAACUGGUUAUCAUUUAUUAAGUGUCUACUAGGUUGUGUGUUCUGUACUUUUUUUUUU